AUGCACAUGAGGUGUUGUGCCCAUAUCCUAAAUCUCAUUGUGGGGGAGGGUUUAAAAGAGAUAGAUGCAUCUGUUGCUAAGGUGCGUGAAGCUGUGAGGUAUGUGAAGUCCUCACCCAAUAGAAGUCAAACUUUUAGGAGUUUUAUGGAGAGGUUAGGUAUGGAGUCCAAGAGUCUUCUCAGUCUAGAUGUACCUACUAGGUGGAACUUGACCUAUAUCAUGUUAGAAACUGCUGAAAAAUUUGAGAAAGUGUUCCUCCGAAUGGAUUUUGAAGAUGAUGGUUAUUCGUCGUACUUUAGGACCAAGGAAGAUAGUGGUGGUUUGGGAUCUCCAUGUAUGACUGAUUUCCAAAAUUGUAGGGCAUUUGUGACUUUCUUAAGGCUGUUUUAUAAUGCAACAAAGAAAUUUUCUGGUUCAUUGUAUGUUACUUCAAAUGCCUUCUAUGAUGAGAUCUUUGUUAUUCAGGAGAGUAUUUCCAAUUUAGUUAAAUCCCAAAACACUCUCUUGAAAAGCACAGCCACAAACAUGCAAACUAAGUUUGAGAAGUAUUGGGGGGAAGGGGAGAAAAUUAAUCCUCUUUUGUAUGUGGCUGUGGUCUUUGAUCCACGAAAACAAUUGAGGUUUUUGAAGUUUUCAUUUUCUGAAAUUUAUGGGAAUGCAGUUGCAGAAGUGAUGGUUGAUAAGGUGAAAGACCUUUUGUUUAAGUUGUAUAAUUUUUACACUUCUAUUCAUUCACCAAAUGUACAAGAUCAAAGUGGGAGUGAGAGGACAGAAUUAGAAACUGAUGCUAGUGAUCCAUAUGUGAUGGUUGUAGUAAUGAGCUUGAGAGGUAUUUUGGCUGAAAACUGUGAUGGUAGAAAGGAUGCAAAUUUUGAGAUAUUGGAGUGGUGGAGGGACAAUUGUAAUAGGUACCAAGUGUUGUCUAAAGUAGUUAAGGAUGUGCUGGCUGUGCCAGUUUCCACUGUUGCAUCUGAGUCAGCAUUUAGCACUGGAGGUCGAAUUGUUGAUCCAUUUCGAAGUGCACUAUCUCCUCUCAUGGUUCAAAACCUUGUAUGUUCACAAAAUUGGCUUCAAGUCACAGUUCCAAUUUCUCAUCGCCAGUCAAGGGAUGAUGUUGAGGCAUUGGAGGAGGAGUUACUUGACUUAGGUAAUAUGCUUAAAUUAUGA